AUGGAAACCGAGGCAGAAGCAGUAGCAAAAAACGAAAGACGUCAAGAAUUAAGAAAUGUAAAUCUAUUAGCCUGGAGACAAGGGAAACCUGAUUCUUCUGCAUUCAAAAAUCUCGACUCAAAUAUAAAAAAGAACAACACGUUCAUUAAAAAGUGUAAAUCUCAAUUAUCAGCAGAACACCAACAACAACUAUUAAAAGAUAUUAAAACAUUGACCCUUGAAAAAUAUAUUUCCGAAGUGGUUGUUGCUGUGGUUGAAGGAUUACAAAAAUGUAAGUCAGCAGCAGAUGUUUGGGCUACUGUUGAACGAUUUCCGGAUACAUUUACCCCAUUUUUGACGCAUAUGUUAGCUCGUUCUCUUGCUCCUCAAAGUAAACAACAGCUUGCAGCUCUUAGUCAUGAACAACGUGAAAAAGAGGAGUCUGCACGAAUUGCGAAACAACGGAUUUUGUUAAGAAUCGCAGGUGAAUUAUGGUUGAUAGGCGUCCUUAGAAAUGUUGAGGACGGAAUUGCAGCGCCAAAUAGUGGAAGCGCGGCAGUAGGAGCCGGAAGCGUGAAUGGUGUCAAAGAAAAUGUUGCCGGGUUCGUCAGCGGUCCGAUCAAAGAGAAAGAGACCAAAGAGACAAAGACUUCCGGGGAAGGUUUCAUGUAUACUGUGUUGAAAGAUUUGCUUUCUCAUGACUACAAACAUGUCAACUUACCGUUGGCAGUAUCCUUCAUCAAAUACUUUGGCACGGAAAUGCUCGGUACGGUCGGUCGUAAAAGUCAUCGCGAUGAAACAUCUAUCGCAUCCAAUGAAAACGGUGAAGAUAUACUCCCAGUCGUGAACGGUCACAACUCAUCGGUUAAUGGUGAAAAAGAUAUCAUAAACGCCAGCGAAAACCAAAUUGUGAAUGAAUCUCAACGAGCUCUUUUCAAAUCUUUAUUGGUCAGUUAUUUCAAUGGCGUGGAAAAACAUUUAACUGAAGACCAUCAGAAAAUCAAGGCAUUAGAUCGUAGCAACCACGAAUAUUAUAUUACUCGAGGAGAAAUUCCAGAAGAAACAAAGCAGAAUUACGAAAAAGUCGUGAAAGCUUUUGAUAAGUUUUUGCAAAAUGUUCAAGUUUUGGCGGAUUCUUUGGAUCUUGAGAUGCCCGAUUUGCCUGAAGAUGAGGGUACAACAAAAAUAAGUGGUACAAUUAUACGUGAUGGAUCUUUUACCAACGAGAAAGAGGAUAUUGUUACCAGCAGUAUCUGGGAAGAUGAAGAUGCACGUAGUUUUUACGAGAAUCUCAUAGACCUUAAAACAUUGGUACCUGGCGUCCUUCUUGAGGUCAAGUCCAGUAGCAAGAAAGAUGAUGCGGAUAUUGAGAAAGAUGAAUCCAUUAAUAUACUCGAAAAGGAAGACAAGGAAGACGAGGAAAAAGUUGAAAAUAAUCAGUCUGAUGACGAAAAAAGAAGAAAUGGCGAAGAUGAUAAGGGUGAUAUGAAAAUUGCGAAUGAGGAUCAAGAGGUUGAUGGGAAAAAUUUAGAGGAAGAGGCUAAAGAAAAAGAUCAAGAUGUUCAGGCUUCACCAUCUACAAAAACGGAUAACGAAUUGACUAACAAAAGUGGCACAUUGGCCCAACUUGAUUCUUUGUUGUCACGUCUUCCUAAUAUGAUUAACCGUGACCUUAUUGAUCAAGCAGCAGUUGAUUUUUGUUAUUUAAAUUCCAAGGCAUCUAGAAAUAAAUUGAUAAAAACUUUAACAACAGGAGUACCUCGAACAAGACUUGACCUUCUUCCUUAUUACUCGCGCUUAAUUGCAACGCUUAAUCCGCAUUAUCCAGACAUCACUGAAGCAGUUUUGCAUUAUGUGAGUUACAUUUUUAAUUCUAUAAGUCAUUUUUGUUUAUUUUUUUUUAAAACAAUUUUCAAGAAUAUUCGAUAUAUCUCUGAAUUAACAAAAUUCAGAAUUACACCACAACAUAUAAUUUUCCAUUGCCUUAAAGUAUUACUCGAUGAUUUUUCGAAUCAAAACAUUGAUGUUGCUUGCAAUUUGCUGGAAACAUGUGGAAGGUUUCUAUUUAAAAGUCCUGAGACAAGUACCAGAAUGAGUAAUAUGUUGGAAAUAAUGAUGAGAAAGAAAAGCGUCCAACAUCUUGAUAGUCGACAGCUCUUGAUGGUUGAAAACGCAUAUUACCAGUGUAAUCCACCUGACCGAACCGCGAUCGCUAAGAAGGAGCGAUCGGUUAUGGAACAAUACAUUCGUAAGCUAGUUUAUUCUGACCUUAACAAGAAAACUGUUGAGAAAAUUCUCAAAUUGCUUCGUAAAUUAAACUGGGAAGAUAAAGAAGUGUACAGGGUUUUAGAAAAAUGUUUCUCCAAGGUGUGGAAAAUUAAAUAUAGUAACAUACAUUUAAUGGCUAUUCUUGCUUCAGGCUUGCAUCGUUAUCAUUCUGAUUUUGGUGUAGCCUUAGUUGAUAGAGUUAUUGAGGAUAUCAGGAUCGGUUUAGAGCAAAACAUUUUUAAGCACAAUCAACGCCGUAUUGCAACUGUUAAAUAUCUUGGUGAACUUUAUAAUUACCGAAUGGUAGAAUCGGCCGUUAUUUUUGAAACUCUUUAUUCCAUUACUACUUUGGGUCACGAGUUUGGUCGUCCCGCCCCAAACCGUAUUAAUCACUUAGACGCUCCAGUUGAUUUCUUUCGCAUCCGUUUGUGUUGUACCUUGCUCGACACAUGCGGUAUGUGCUUCGAUCGAGGUAGUUCUAUGAAGCGUUUGGAUGAUUUUCUAGUUUUCUUUCAGAUGUAUAUCCUUACAAAACAAAGACUUCCUAUGGACAUCGAAUUUAUGGUUGCUGAUUUGUUUGAGAUGCUAAGACCAGGAAUAACCAUAUAUAAAACAUACGAAGAAGCUGCAGGAGAAGUAGACAAGAUGCUUAUGGAAAAUCAUAUGGCUUUACAAGAUGCCCAGGGGACAUCAAAAAGUCAGGAGGAUGGCGUGGAAGAAAGCGAAAUGUCAUCUUCAGAUGAUGACGACGAUGAUGAAGGUCAAGAUGAAGAAAUAGAUAGAGAACGUGAUGACGCAGAAGGAGCUGAAGAAGAACCCGAAACUGAUGAAGUCAACGACGACGAAGGAGAUGAUGAACUUAUUGUUCAUACAAAUAGACAGGAGAAAGUUCCUACUGAAGAAGACGAAGAAUUUGAAAGAGAGUUCAGCAGAAUGAUGACUGAGAGUAUGGAGUCUCGUAAAUAUGAACGUAAACCCGCCAUGUUAGAUGUGGCAAUUCCUAUGUAUCUAAAGGGUUCUGAUAAAGUUUCAGACUUUUUAGAUGGUAAUGUUGCGUUUACUUUAUUAACAAAGAAAGGAAGGAAAACGAUGGAAGUUCCAUCAGACAGUGCUUUAGCAGUUAAUACGCGCUCUAAACAGGAAGCUGAACGUGAAGAGCAACAACAGCUCAAGAAGUUGGUAUUAAAUUAUGAGGAAAGAGAAGAGCAAAAUCAACGAAUUGCUCUUGAACAGUCUUUAAUUAGUAGUGGAAUGAAAGUAACAUAUCAAAGUAAUCGUCGUGGUCAGAAAGGUCGUAAAAUGCUUCACCAUCACGGUGGAGGUGGAGCGUGUGGUAGUUUAGUUUUGGUUUCAUUACUACAUUAG